AUGGCAAACUCCAAGUCUGUGCUCCCGUUCCUGCUGGCGAUCACGACAAUGCUUGUGAUCCAGGGAUAUCUGAUUGACCAGGCCAUGAGCCAGAGCUGCCCAGCCCAGCUGAGCAACCUCAACGUGUGUGCACCAUUUGUGGUCCCCGGUGCCCCGACCACCGCCCCCUCCUCUGACUGCUGCAACGCUCUCCAGUCAGUCUCCCACGACUGCCUCUGCAGCACCCUCAGGAUCGCAUCCCGGCUUCCUACUCAGUGCCAGAUUCCGCCUCUCUCCUGCACUGCAUAAAGCAGCGUUGCAGACGGGAAGCAUUGCUGGAAUACAAUACUUGACUAGCAGCACAAGUUGGAUUGAGAGAAUAAUAUUGUCGAGCUACUGUUUUUUUUUUUUUUUUUUUUUUUAUGUCUUGUUCCUUCGUUGCUUCCUCCUCCUCCUCUUCUUGUUGUUCCAAAUGUCUCAUGGAUCUGUGAUCGAGACAUCCGG